CAGAACCUCACACUCGCUUCUCCUAGGGGCGUGACCACACGCACCUACCUCCCCCGCCUAUAAACCUUUUACUACGAAAAAAGCUAUACACAGAGUUAGUAGAGAGAGAUAUGGGUGAUUCUGACGUCGGUGAUCGUCUUGCUCCUCCAUCUUCUUCCGACGAACUCUCCAGCUUUCUCCGGCAGAUUCUUUCCCGUACUCCGAUAACUCAACCUUCUUCUUCACCACCGGAGAGAAUUGUUUCCUCCGCUGAGACCUUACCUUCCCUCGGUCAUGGAGUCUCUGAAACUGGCCUAGACAAAUAUGCUUUCGAAAACAAGAGAAAUGGAGGUAGACAGAAAAAUUCGUUGAAGAGGAACAUUGAUGCACACUUCCACAACUUGUCUGAAAAGAGGAGGAGGAGCAAGAUCAACGAGAAAAUGAAAGCUUUGCAGAAACUCAUACCCAAUUCCAACAAGACUGACAAAGCCUCAAUGCUUGAUGAAGCUAUUGAAUAUCUGAAGCAGCUUCAACUUCAAGUGCAGACUUUAGCCGUUAUGAAUGGUUUAGGUCUAAACCCUAUGCGGUUACCACCUGUUCUACCUCCUACACAGACAAGGAUCAAUGAGACCUUAGAGCAAGACCUGAACCCCAACCUGGAGACUCUCCUUGCUGCUCCUCACUCGAUGGAACCACCUCAAGAAAUGUGCUUUCCCACAGCCACUCUGCUUUAGAAAAUGAUGAUGAUCCGGCGUCAAACUGGUCAUGGUUCCUCUAUUACCUGCCAGACACAAGAGUCCAAAAUGUUUGUGAGUUACAGUAUUGGCUAGAUUUCAAUGUUCAGUUAUAGUUAUGCUAAUAAGCUUUAGGACUGAACAAAAUUGAGUAGUUUAAUUAUAAUGAUGUCUGAAGAAGAUUAUAUAAAAGAUUAAUUUAGUUACAUGUA